UUUCACCCCUCCUCCAUGGUCUGACUGCCUUGUUUUUCCCCAUCUCUGCUCUUUUCUUAGUGCACUGACGUUGAGUUAAGGUGCGGAUCCAAGACCCGCUCUUGGGGAAAGUUGAGGAAAGUCAGACGACACAUUCUCACUAAGAGGACAGUAAAAGUCUUUUUUCUUUUUCUUUUUUUUAGCUGAGACGACAGACGAUUUACCGCCUUUGAGCUGUUGUCUUGAAACUACAGUUAAAAUGGAGCCAAUGACUCAGUCCGCCCAGAUAUCAUCGUCGCAAGGUUUUGCCGAUGGACAAAAUUCUGCUGCCAAAGAAUCAAAGCUAUCUGAUUCCUUUCUUUCCUCUUCGCCUGUAUCUCUCAUUCAGUCUCCUCAAGACAAGAGAGUGGUCGCGGGCUCUGACAAGCCCUCCGAAGGCGUAGCUACAUCACUUCGCUUUCCUUCUCAGCCUGGGUCGUUCUCACCUAAUAAUUAUGGAAGUGAAGCAGAGCAAGUAGACGAACAACCAGAUUCUCCGAUAAAGACAUCUCCUGUUUCAGAGCGAAUAAAAGCACUAGAAGCUCUUGCUGCCAAAAAGAGGGAACCGGAUUUUAGAGGCGAUGGAAGUUACAUUCACUUCAGAGACCGCCACCAUGAGAGAUCCAUCCCAGAGAUCCCCAGAUCUCUUCCCGAUGUCCCCAAGUCUCUUCCCGAUGUCCCUAGAUCUCUUCCCGAUGUCCCCAGAUCUCUUCCCGAUGUCCCCAGAUCUCUUCCCGAUGCCCCCCGAUCUCUUCCCGAAGCCCCCAGAUCUCUUCCCCAAGUCACCAAAUCUCUUCCCGAAGCCCCUAAAUCUCUCCCAGAGACUAACGUACCAACCAGUAAGAAAGUGAUAGGUCCCUCCAGUAAAGAGUCUCCAGAGUCACCCUUUGAAGUUCUUGGAGAUGUGAGACAAGUCAGUGAGUUUGAAGAAACAGAAGAAUGGAUGAAGGCUCAUUUACCUCCGGUCCCUGAUUUUGAUGCUGUCGGUUUAAAUAAAUGUGGAAACAACGUUCCACUGAAGGAGGCUGACAUGGAUGUACCCGAUUCCCCUGCUGCUUUUGCCGGUGUUCCUGAUGCUUUUAUGGAUUCUCCUGUUGACGCUCCAAAACUGAAGGAUGAUGAUUUUGAUGAGCAAAAACAAGCCGGAGCCGAGGAGUUUGACAUCAGCUUUUUACCUACAGCCUAUGUGUGGGAUCAGCAGGAAAAGUCGGGAGUUCAGGCUCCACUUAACCUGGAUUCAGUGAUUUCUUCUUCACCUGCACCUCCUGCAGGCUUUGGCCCAUCUCCUCCUUCUUCUCCAGCUUCCUCUGAUGUUAAACAAAGUGUUUCACGUGAGAAGAAAGCUUCUUGGGCUGGAGAUCCAGAGGCAGGUGAGGCAGACAGCUCAGGAGAUUCGGACGAUACCGUCAUUGAAGAUGGAGUUGGUGCUCCUGUAUCUGUGCCUCCACCAUCUUUUGAUCCACCAGUUUCAAAUGAUCCCAGUACUGUCCCCGAUCUUCCUUCUGAAAAGGAGACCCCACCACCAAAGUCUGAGAGGAAGCUGAUGCAGGUUCCAACGAUAAACGUCAUUGAGACCGAUGAGCCAAAUUACAGCGAUGAGGAGAUGGAAAUGGAGCCUGAAGCAGAGGAAGAUGAAGACUAUGAGGUUGUAAAAGACCCAGCUCGAGAGCUGGAGCCAGAAGUCAUUAAAACUGAUCCACCCAAAAAACGCCCCUUAGAAACUGAAUUCAUGGAAGGCUACUCACCUCCGUCCUCACCAGUGGACUCUGAUGCUGAAUACUCUCCCAAACACAAGAUUUUCCAAACUGUUUCAGAAACAGGGCAUCAACAAUCUCAGUUCAAAUCUGAGGACCUGCCUGAUCCAGGAGUCUCAAAGGACACUACAUAUGAGUUUUCACAACCACAAUCCGACAAACCACAGGUGAAUCAAGUUGGUGACCAACCUUCCCCUGCACUUACCGGAAACGAAGAAGUGGACUUCCCAGACAAUGACGAUGAGUGGUCUGACGAAGUACAGGAUAUCCUGGUUAAACCUCGCGAGACUGAUCUCCCAUCUAAGGAAUCGGCUCCCUACAACCCAUCCAAAGUCGAUGACAAGAGCAACAAAGCAGCAAAAGAUGCCUUUAAAGAAACCGCUCCAAUUUCCAUAACCGGCUUCAUGCAGGAUGAGAUUUACGACAGACAAUCAUUUGAUUAUGACUACGAUAUCACCUUGGAUCACAGUAGCUGCAAAGGGCUAAACAAUGCUAAGGAACGGUUCCUUUCUGAUCCUGGACAGAAUGACGCUGCAGAAGACGGUGUCAUAUCACUGAACUGCGAUGAAGCCUUCAGCAAGACGAUUCGUCAACAGUCUGUUGAAGAUUAUCCCCCAAACCCAUAUUCCUGUUUCCAAACGGAGACGCUGAGCAGCAUCAAUGAGCAAGAUUUCAUCCAGAAAGCCACCUCUGACGAUGGGAAUAACGUUGAAAAGGAUGAUGUCCUCGACUCACAAAAGCCAGGUUCAGAAGUCCAACGGGACGUUGAUGCAGAAAGCCCGGACGGCGUCGACAGCUCGUCUUCCGAACCUACAGAUAGUUUUGUGGAUUUUAUGAGAGAGUGCCUGAAAUCAAAGCAGGACAAUGAACCUGAAAACUUAUGUCAUGUUGUUCCCUCUAACAAUGAGCUCAGCAAAACCAUUUUACCUUCCUCCCAACCCUCUCCAAGCAUGGUGAUGGAUCUUGAACAAGAAAAACUUACAAUCAGUGCUCUCAAAGAGCUGGGCAGCAGUCAAGAUGAGGAAGACUUGAUGAACCUCCAGCCAAAAGCUUCAGACCAGAAUCAAGCUAAUCCUAGUGCUACAUCUAUGCAGUCAGUUCCUCAUCCUCCAUGCUCCCAAAGCAACCGUGUGUUCGACGCCACAUACUCCAAAGAGGUGGAAGCCAUUGAUGAAUGGGUGGCUGAAGCCUACCAUCUUGCUGAGCAUGUCUUGACAGCAAUACUAACUCACUUAUCAGUGAAGGACCUGAUACACUGGCGAGACCCCAAGAAGUCGGGCUUGGUGUUCGGCCUGUCCAUGCUCCUGCUGCUGUCGCUGGCAGCCUUCAGCGUCAUCAGCGUUGCCUCCUACCUGCUGCUCGCUCUGCUCUGCGUCACCAUCACCUUCCGCAUCUACAAGUCCGUCGUCCAGGCUGUGCAGAAGUCCAGCGAGGGACACCCUUUCAAAGCACUGAUAGAUAAGGAUGUCAGCAUCCCUCCUGAGACGUUCCGCAAGCACGUGGACGCCAGUCUGACCUACAUCAACCGAGCCCUGAAGCAGAUGAGCCGCCUAUUCCUGGUCGAGGACCUCGUGGACUCCUUAAAGCUGGCUGUGGUCAUGUGGCUGCUGACUUACGUCGGAGCUGUCUUCAAUGGAAUCACCCUUCUCAUCCUGGCUGACAUCCUGCUGUUUGCUGUGCCUCCCGUCUACGAGAAGAACAAGACUCAAAUUGAUCAAUACAUUGAUCUUGUACGUACUCAAGUCAACACCACAAUUGCAAAAUUACAGGAGAAACUGCCUGGAGCUGUGAAACGCAGUAAAACUGAAUGAUCCCGCCUCCACUUUACCAUCGUCCUCAUCUUCAUCACCAUCUUUUAACCCAGUUACCUCCCCCUCCCCACCCCGUCCUCCAGCCUAACUGUCCAGCUCCACCCACCAGCUCCACCCUAAGUACACUCAGCCCUGCUUGGUAGAGAAUCUCUGAGCUCUUGGAUGUUCAAUGUAAAACUACUUCGCAGCUUAACUGGCAGCAUUAGAAACGACCUGCACGGCAGGAGGAAGUGAUGUCACGCUGCCACCGCCCUCUGUGGGCGGGGCCACAGUAGAAGAGAGGCAGGGUUGUGUGAACUAGACCGAAUAGAUGACGUGGCUCCUUCACAUGCAGCGAGCGCAGGGUGCCUGAUGAUGAUGAUGAUGAUGAUGGUCAUCAGAAAGCAAACGUCCGUGCAGAAAUCAGUAAAAACGGUGAAAAGAUCCGAACUCCGAGCCAGCGUCAUCGUUCGCUCCGGUUCACCGUCUGCUGUUGACAUGCUUUUUAUGAUCUCGAUGUAAAUAAACCUGAAGAUGAUUACAGGCUCUCGGCUACGUCAAACACUAGCUUCGCUUUUUAUAUGGACGGAGACCCCCACCCCCACAGCCGCCCGACUCCUCCUCCACCCGUCAUGUUUGAGGCGUCGGCCUCACUUGUAUAUUUUGACUCUUCUUAUUUCUAACUGUUAUUGAUAUUAUCGAUAGGACGGCCGCUUUGACUCCCUUCUAGCUAAGUUAAGUGUUAAUGAACUUCAUCUUUUAAUUAGUCGGCCUCUGUAGACGUAACCUGCUAGGUUUUAAGUGGCACGCUGACCAGAACCCCAAAAUCUUAAAUCCCCAAAAAACCUUCCCGGGUCGGAAAUGAGCGUUAAAUGUGCAAAGUCUGUAUUAUAAUUUACCACAAAAAUCUUUAGAAAUAUAACAAGUUGAUGAACAUGAGACUAAAGCAGGUAAAUUAACUGAAAUAUGGAAAAAAAAAAUUUGAAUGAAUUAUUUAGGAUUUAAUUAUUUAUUUAUGCUUGGUUAAUUAAAAAAAAUGUUAGCAAUAUAAUAUUUAAUCAUUUAAAUUGUAGAUUUUAUUUCACACAAAAAAUGUACAAAUUUUAUUUCAUAUUUCCAUAUCCAUAUUUCAGUUAAUUAAGAGAUUAAUCCAGCUUUAUUAAAAUAUAAUCUAAAACUGAGUGUUCUUGCCUAUUUCAUCAUAAAAUUGUGGAUAUUGUUAUUUUGGCACAAUCUUUUUUUUUAAAAUGAAAAAGUUGAUAAAUAUGAGACCAAAGCAGGAUAAUUAACUGAAACAUUAAAUUCAAACAUUAAAUUUUAGGAAAUUUUCUGGGUUUAAUUAUUUGAUCCUGCUUUAUUUAAAAAUCUAAAAGUAAUUUUUUGUUGUAAUUGUUAGAAUUAUUUUUUUGGCACAUUUAAUUUGGAAGUGGAUAAACGGAUUAAAGCAGGUAAAUAAGCUAAAAUAUGGAAUUAAAUUAAAUUCAAGCUUUUCUCGGUUUAAUUAUUUAAUUUGCCAUGCUUAUAUUAUCUAAAUUAUUGUUUGCAGUUUUAUUAUUAAAAUUGUGGAUAUUAUAAUUUUGGCACAAAAAUUCUUAACUUUAAAGAUUAAUUAUUUUUAUUCCGUUUUUCAGUUAAUUUUCCUGAUUUAAUCUCAUGGAUAUUCUGAGCGUUUUGUCACAUUUUCGCUCUGCUAACGGGAGAGGACGUUUAGAGAUUUAGGAUUUGUUCAAAUAAAUAAAGAUAAAUGAAUUUGUGGCAUGUUGAAGAUGGAAUCGGUUGUCUGGAGCGAUUGUUGUAGAAAUCUCUGCUUUUUUUUGUCAUAGUGUAAGUUGGAAAGAGAUUCUCCCCGUUUCCCUCGGCUGUCUUGUAUCUCCACCCGACUUUAUUAAGCGUUUCCUCCUUGUGAUUGUUCCCGUGGUGUUUCUGGACGCUGCGUCUCCACGUCGUCUUUAAGGGAUGGAUUUAUGGAUAGAAACCGUCCCGACCUGAACGUGCAUCCUCAGCCUCUAAAGCUAAAACAAGCAACUUUCCGUCGGCCGUGAGCCGGUCCAGCGUCUGCAAGGCCGCCUCCAGAAACCGGACCUGUUCCUGGUUUAUUUAUUAGAAUGUGAAGAAGUUGCCUGCUGUAGCUUUAAAGGUUUUACUGAUUCAGCUCUUUUUACUUCCUUUCUGACUAGAACUAACAAACUUCUUGCCUUGUAAAUGCUUUGGUUGUAUUUAAUCCUUUAAUGCCACCAGAUUGAUGGAAAUUAGAUCUUCAAGGCCAACCAGAACCAGGGUUAGUUUAUUUUCAGCACAUUAUGAAGUUGGCUUCUCUGCAUGCUGAAUAUUUAUUCUCCACACGAGUCGAUGGGCUUCCCAGACCUGGAGGUGGUCGUGUCCGGAGUCAGUUCCCCACUUGGUUUAUUUCUUUAGAUUGUAAGAUGUGAAUAAAGACGUUCCCUCUCAGCAUGUUGGUGUUUCCUCAGUUCUGGGAGCGAGUUGCAGGAACGUGCCUCGGUUGCUGCUCCUCCAUUGUAAUCGGUAUGUCGACACCGUUCACUAACACCUCUGUUUUGUAUCGGCUGUUUGACUUUGGUUUGGAUUUUUCAAGCUUUUUGGGAAGAUGUUGGAGGAAAAAAAGAAAAUUGAAAAUAAGUAUGUGGUCUCUGUACUGAUGUCAAAGUGAAAUUAAUAAAAACAACUCAAAGGCG